CUAAUUCUAUCAUACUGAAAUCAGAUUUCUACAAUUCUACUUAUAUGAAGAGAUUGUAACGAGAAUAACGAACAACGGAAAAACAUGUUUCCUUCAGCGCUAUGCUAUCUUCAAACGCUCCCGCCAAUACCCAACGCCACAGCGCUUAACCACCACCGGGAACCGCCACCAACAGUACCAUAUAGCACCGCCGGCGCACGGCGCCGAAGGCUACACGUAGUGUGUGCUGGCGGAGGCGGCAGGCCUUCAACACGAAGCGCAGACGAUUACAAUGCCACUCUCAGAGCUCUCAACUCCAAAGGCAGAUUCCCCAGAAAAUCUCUUGGCCAGCAUUAUAUGUUAAACUCUGAGAUAAAUGAGCAACUUGCUGGGGUGGCUGGUAUUCAACAAGGUGAUGUGGUAUUGGAAAUUGGACCCGGAACUGGUUCGUUGACUAAUAUUCUUUUAGACUCGGGCGCAUUCGUUCUUGCGGUUGAGAAGGAUAAACACAUGGCUGCCCUGGUGUGUGAAAGAUUUUCAAGUACAGGAAAGCUGAAGGUUCUGACUGAGGAUAUUGUCAAAUGUCAUGUGCGCUCUCACAUGUCAUCAUUGGUUGGAAGCACAAAGCAAACAGAUCCAGAAACUAGAAAUGCAAAAGUGGUUGCCAACAUUCCCUUCAAUAUUAGUACAGAUGUGGUCAAACUGCUACUUCCAAUGGGUGACAUUUUCUCAGAAGUGGUUUUAUUACUCCAGGAGGAGACUGCCGUGCGCUUGGUAGUGUCGUCACUCCGAACCUCUGAGUAUCGUCCAAUCAAUAUAUUCGUUAAUUACUACUCAGAUCCUGAGUAUAAAUUUAAGGUCCCAAGAGCAAAUUUUUUCCCACAGCCUAAUGUUGAUGCAGCUGUUGUCUCAUUCAAGCUAAAGCUACCAUCAGAAUAUCCCCAAGUUUCUUCCAGUAAAAGCUUCUUCUCGAUGGUUAAUUCAGGUUUCAAUGAGAAGCGAAAGAUGCUGCGCAAGUCACUUCAGCACAUAUGCACAUCCCUUGAGAUAGAAGAAGCUUUAAAAAGCCUAGGUCUUCAACCUACCUCAAGGCCUGAAGAACUAACAUUGGACGAUUUUGUUAAGCUGCAUAACUUGAUUUCCAAAGAGUAGUGAUCUGGAUUACUGUGCAAUUGAACAGAUAAACAGAAAUCUCUACAGAAGGCCCUAGAGAUUCCCAUAAUUCAUUAGGUUCCUUGUUGCUGCAGAUAUACGGUUCAGAAGUUAUAAGGAGAACUAUGGUAUGAGGUAUCUCAUGCUGGGGUUAUAUUAGAUUACAAGUUUUCUUGUACUAAUGUUGCAAGGAUAGGGGCAUGUUCAUAUCUGAAAGAAAAAAUGCAGAUUGAAACCCCAUAUGUAAUAUGUAAUGUUAUUAGAACAAACUUUCUUGUGUUGUGUACUAGUGUAUAUAAUCUUGUAAGUUUCACCGCCAUGAAAGGCAGUUUUAUCUAUUCCUGAAGCUGAAACAUGUGCUUGCCAAUA